CAAAGUACAUCGCUGCCGAGUGGGAGGUUUCGUGUUGAUGAUAUGUGUAGAGUUGUUUAUUUUGAUUUUGCAGUAUGGCUGGAUUGGUUUGAAAUAAUACAUGAAACGUCAUAACAAUAUUAUUCGUGAUUGCUGUUCCACUACUACUAACUAUUAUCUGCAUUUUAUCGUAGUACUAUGUAUAGAAUCCGCGUUCUUGUUUUUUAGAAACUAGAAGAACAUAUUUUUUUGUUGUGGUACAACGCCAUGUAGACAGCAGGUGAUUAUAGUCGGGUUUUGUAAUGCAGAUAUAACGUACAACAACUUACUAUGACAAGCAGUGCAGCUUGUGUUAGAGAAUGGCUAGACCCAUCGUUUGUGUGGGAAACUGUUGAUUGAUUUGAACUUUGAACAGACGGCACCAAGUAUACUUGUCACACACAAGGAAGUGAACAACCCAAGCAAGUUUACGUCAGAAAUGGCAACACGCAUCGAAGAUGAAGAUUACUGGAAUGAUAGUGAAACCAGUGCCAGGGCAAAAGCUUUUAACUUCGAAGAUGAAGAUUCUAGCAGCCAACUUUGUGGUGUAUCCAGAAGUGGAACUGCAAGGUUAUCACAGCAGGUUCGAGCUGAAAUUGGACAAGAUGGCAGUUGUUUUGAUGCUGACUCCAUUUCAGGAAUGCUGUCAAAAAUAUCUGCAGUGGAUCCCAAGAAAUCUCAGGCAGCACCACUCCUGUCAUUAAUAUCAGAACAGUCUCUGAAUUGCAUUUUAGAUGCUGGGAAACAACAUUCAUUUGUGGUUAAGGGUAGCAGAAGCCCUGAAGAAGAAUUGCAAGUGUUGCGGAAAGAAGUUGAGGAUCACUGGACACCCCUUCCUGUACGUCAUACAAUUACAAAAAUGCUGCUUGGACAGCGUUAUUCUCUGGAGCUUUAUCGUUCAUUAGACAGUAAGAAGGAACUUCUAGAUGAAGCCAUUGCACUGGGUGAUGGGAAUGCGGUGCUUGCUGUUGUUCUUUUUCUUGUUCGCACCCUGAAGAAAUCACUCUUCUACAGCAUACUUGCAACUCGUCCAGCAGCCGUUUCCCAAUACGUGCAAUACCUUACAACUCGUAUGGAGGUCCAGGAACUUACUGAUUUACUAACAAUGCUGGGGCAAAACAGAGAAGCAGCAAUGAAACAAUUCCAUCUCGCUGUUAGAUAUACUUCCAAUGUUGAAAGGAAAAUUCAGAAGCUUCGAUUCUGUGCAAAAAAUUACUUUAUCACUGACGGAAUUGACCGAAGAACAGUUUUGAACUAUGUUCAGCUACUUGAAUGGCAACAAGCUGUUUCUUCGAAUGAGAAUAACAUCAUAAAUAAUUCAGUUCUUGAUUCACUGGCUUACGUUUGUAAACAUUACUGGGAUGAACCAAAGGGAAACUUAUUUUCACCGUUAACUUUAUGCCAGCAACAUGGAAUAAGCGAAAAGCAGUUCCAGUGGACAGCAUUAACCGUGCGUGCUUCAUUGCAUGCAUGGGAUGACAUUGAAGCCCUCUUAUUUACAAAGAGUUGGCUUGGUGGGAAGAAAUUGAAGACUGCUGUUCCUGUGGAGCCGCUUAUGUUGAAGCUUCACGAACUUGGUGCACCAAAUGAUGUACUGUGUAAAUAUUUGGCUUUCAUAGACAAUACUGGGAAACGACUAAACAUUGCUCGUAAACUACAAUGCCACAGAACUGUUAUUGAUAUCUUUACUGAACAACGAGACAGGCAAUCACUAAUUAGUUACAAAGCCAUAUUAGAUCCUCAGUCAGAUGACUACUCUUACGCUGAGGGUGCCCUUCAGUCUUCAACUAUAAAAUGGAAAAACUGAAGGAAUGAUGAAAAUUAUUCCUUUGACAAUUUUGUGCAGUAUGUUCACCAGCUGGUUGAGAGUAAGAAGCACAUUACUCACUUCUAAUUAGAGCCCACUCAUCAUCUGCCUGGUGAUUUGUGUACUGAAUCGACGUCCCAUACAACUCUGCUGUGGAAUGACGUUCACCACCUCAUCUCCUAGCUGCUGACAUGCAGAGCUGACUACCCAGUGUAUGGUGCAGUUAACAGAUCCUUUGUGCAAGGCAUGCAUAGUUGUAAACUUUCUGCAGAUUUCAGCUUGCCUCAGAUCAGGAUCAGGUAGUUGUGUCCAUGUUACACAGCUUGAUAACUGGCUCCUAGCUUGCCUCAGUGUCAGAGUAUUCCUUAGGCCAUAGCUGGACUGCCCAUCUGUAAAUGCAUCCAGGGUUGAAUCACAUUACAAUAGCAAUAUUCAUAAAUCUUUGUUCUGUAAAUUAAUAAUUUCAUUCAGUUACUAGCCAUGUAAGUAAUCAAUUUAUUUUAUGAUGAAAAUGAGUUGAAAGUAAUUUUUUGUGGUGGAUUGCAAAUCUUAAAUUGUUGGAUUAUCAAACAACAUAUUUUAUAUCUAAUGCUUCUAAGCUGCCAGCUACAAAAUUAUACAGAAGACCUGAAAUAAAAAUUGAAGAGAUACUAGACACUGAUGAAGUAACAUGCAAAAGAGUCAAAAUACUGAGAGAAAUAAUUCAGGCAUUAAGGAAGAGGGAUUAAAAUAUACUUGGAUAGUGUUUAUGAUGCUAUAGAAGCUGUUAAACAUUGUCAUACGAUAUGACUGUAAAAAAAUCUAUACAAAAUAAGAAUGUUAUACAGAGACAGGCAAGGAAACUACAUUCUGGAAACUUUAAUUUUCUUUUACUUAAGUAGUGGUUAAUAACAUUACAACCAAAGCAGUUAAUGCAACAGUAUAGAAUAUAUAAAAGCAGUUAAUGGUGCACAACUUGGAAACUAAUCACUCUCUCUCUCUCUCUCUCUCUCUCUCUCUCACACACACACACACACACACACACACACACACACAUAUGUCUGAAUGCCACGAACUUGCCUAGAACAAGCCUGAUAACUUGAGAAUAAUUAUUAGGAGCUGAGUGUUGUUUGGUAUUAUCAAUCAUUGUUAAAUACAUAUUUCUGGAAUAGAGUCAGAGUAAGGACUUUGUUAUUUAUAUGUUAUUUUUUGUACUGUUAUGCACAGCAUAUGUGUGUGAAGAAAUAUUUGUAUUCCUAUUACAUACUGAAUCUCAUAAUGUGCCACCAGAAUAGAUAUUGAAACAUUUUUAAAAGUUUUAUGUUAUUUUUUUAUAAAUCAUUACAAGUGGUGCAACUCA